UCGAUGUGGCACAAGUACGGCGUGCGAUGAGGCUCAAACUUCAGACGUUCCAAUGCGAUAAUAAAUUACAUACCUAAAGAUGUCUGCCACCAGGUAUCGUCGGUUUUUGAAGCUGUGUGAAGAAUGGCCAAAGGACGAAUCAAAGAAAGGCCGGGAUUUGGGGACGUUUCUUCGACAGAGAGUGGCUGCAGCUUUCCGCGAGGGUGAAAAUACACAGAUCUCAGAUCCAGAGAAAUGUGACCAGAUGUAUGAAAGUUUGGCCCGGAUUAAUGGAAACGUAUACAGACAACGAUUUCCUCGUGUACGAGAAACAAGCUUUACUGGAGUCACUGCAGAAGAGUGUCGAGUGCUUUUGUCAGGGAGCGUGCAACAGAUGGAUGAAGAAAAGAAGGGUUUGUGGAAGACAUUAAUGGAAAGAUUCUCCAAAUCACCUGAAGACACUCCAGAAAAAGCUCCUGAAAAAUAACUUUACUCUUGAUUUCCUCUUUCUGUUUCCUUUGCAUGUAUAGAAAUAAAGUUUAUUGUUGGUAUCUUUA